CGCAAAAAACCUACCCCUGCCCUACAUCCUGCCUCAAAGGCAACCAGCAAGUACAAAUCACCAAAAUCAAACGGGCAGAUUCCUGGGGGGGAAGCCCGUGCCAGGGGAAUCCCCGUCAAAACAAGACGGCCGAGUCCCCGCCUCGUGGAGCAGCAGGACCAGCAAGUAGGGGAAGAUCGCGUGAAGGAACGAAGGUAAGAAUAGCACUUGCAAACCAGUUAUUAAUAUAGACAUAUAUAUAUAUAUAUAUAUAUAUGUGUGUGUGCGCGCGCGUGCAUAUGCCCUAUAUAUACACAUAUUUGCUCGGAAAUGACUCCCACAAAUGUCAGUGUGGAUUACGCGCACAGGACCGCAGCCAUGAGUUGCCGGUGGGCUUUCCACCCGAACGCAACAGCCCCAAAAGGGGUUGGGGAAGGGGGUGCAGCACUGUUCCGCACGCCUGUGGGUCGGGAGGAGAUACGGCAGCAGCGCCAGCGUCCUUUAAAGAAAUAGGGAUGCGGAGGCAGCAAAGCGUCCCUUGCAUUUUGAGCCACCCUCCUUUCCUCCUGCCACCCGGAAUCCAGUGGCAGGAAGGAGCUCGCCCCGCGCCCCUUCACACUCACGCACCCAUUGCGGGCAGCCCCCCGCCGCUUUCCCCUCCGCAGAGCAGCAGAGCGGACAGAUUCGCGGUCCAAGAUGGCGGCUCCAGGCGCGCCGAAGAAGCCGGUCCCUCCUCUUCUAUCUCCCCUCCGCCUAGCACCACCCGCGCGCCAACGCGCGCGCGCGGAGGGGGAACGAGCCGCCAAUGGCGAGAAACGGGGCUCGCGGUUCUCCCGCGGCCCACGGAAGGCACGCCCAUAGAGCUAGGCAGCAGCGGAAGAGCGACACGCGGCUGUCAGCGCGCGGGUUGUCUAGGUGACGUUUUGCUCCGCCAGAGGGGAAAAAGCAGAGCGAAACAAGGCACAGGCGCGACGGAACGCGGAGAGUGCGCAUCAUGCGGCAGAGCUCUGGACCGGGCUGUUUGGUGAUCGGAACCACCAUAAUAACCCCUUCCCAGCUACCCAUGAUAAGAGGGAGAUAAAGGCGCUCUCGUGAGAGGGGUGGGAGAAGGAGUCGGUCGGUUUCUAUCGUUGCAGGGAAGCGAUUAAUUGGCUCGCAGUGCUGGAUUUACAUAUAAGCUAAACAAGCUAAAGCUUAGGGCCCCACUCUUGGGGCCCCCAAAAAUAUAAAGGGGAAAAAACUGGAUGUAAAUUUCCAAAAUAUAAGAUUAAAAACAUAUAAAACCUACAUACAGCAACUGUGUUUUGUGUUGUGUAGGCUCUUACGAUGUAAAUAAUGGGCCAUGCCUGCUAGCCUGCUCCCUAAAAUAUCACUGGUUUGCUCAUUUCUAUAUAUAGGGUGCCUACGUUCUGCAUGGACUGGUUGCAUAUAUUCAUAUAGCAUAUAUUCAACACACAAAAAACAGCAACAAUUUGUUGUUGACAAAGGGCAGCUGGACAUAUAAGGCGCCAUUACUUUCAGUAGCUUAGGGCCUCAGCAAACCUAAAUCCGGCCCUGUAAAUAUACACUAGUAAAGAAGGACUAACAGUGCAGUCCUAACCAUGUCUACUCAGAAGCCCUUUUGCGUUCCAUUACACCCCCACCUAAUUAUACUUUUGAGAGCUUCAAAGAGGAAACUAAAUAUAAGCAAGAAAGAGAACUCUGUAGGUCAGUUUUCCGCAACCUGGUACCUUACUAGAUAUUUUUGGGCUGCAACUGUUGCACGACUUUCGGUCCAAAUCAUAUCCAGUAGGUUGCGGAAAACUAAAAGAAGUUUAGUUUAGAAGUUCGCUCUCUUGCUUAUACUUCGUUUCCUUCGUGGAAUUCCGCAGGAACCAGCAUCCUGUCUCCGCAACCAGAUGAUGCCUACGGGAAGUCCGCGCAGUAGGAUGGGAGCUGUAGCUCAAAGCAUCUCCACGGCACCUCGUUGGGGAAAGCCAACAUAGACUCUUCUGGGGAGCGUGCGUAAACUGCGCGUGCGCAAGGGUCGGGUUACACAGCGGCUGCCCGUGAAACGAAAGUGUAGGCUUGUUUCCCUUUUUAGUAAGUCUAGGAGUCACGUGAAAGGAUAGAGCCGGGAGAGCGCGCGCGCGCGUCUGGGCGACGUAUGCCGUGGGCUCUUCUCCGCUCGCGCUGGGCUCCUGGCAGCCGCGGUAGGUGUCGAGGUGUUUAUAUCCGCCUCGUGCCAAGGGGGCGCGGCUCCCGCCGGGAAGAGCGCAGAGAUGGAGUUCUCCGGCAAAGCCCGGCAGGGACAGCAGCGGCUUCUGCAAGGGGCCCCGUCCGCUGGCGCCCGCGCCCCGCCGCCUUCUCCCGCCCGCGGUGAGUGAGACCUGGAGGGAUGUCGCUUCACAUUUCGGAGCUGUCUGGCUUGAAAAUGAAUCAUUUGCGUGCGGAGUGUCGAGAGAGACGUGCGAACGCACAUUCACACGUGCGAGUCGCCCGCUAGAUUGAUAUGCACGUGGGAACCGUCUCUGGUCGGAAUAUGGGUCUGGCUUUAUAAACGUCAGGCGCUUUUAUAGUAUGUAGGGCAGCAGGAUCCACCGUGCUCUCGUGCUGCCUGUGAGCAUGAGAGCAGAGCCUCUCUCAUAUAUAUAUGCCUAUGAACUCUCAUGCUCAUAGGUGUGUGUGUGUGUGUAUGUAUAUAUAUAUAUAUAAAAAAAAAAUACGUGGGGUGAGGGGCAAAAGGAGCUUGGUCCUCAAUUUCCGAACUCUCUUCAUUAAUAUAUACUGUACUGUUGUUGUUUUUCCUUUGCCCAUACACAAUAUCUUCAAAGCACACUAAAAACAGUCUUUCCCUUGGUCUGAGUACUUCAGUUUAUUCCUCACAGAGCUACAAUUUUAAGACAUUGGCAGCUCCAAGCCAUCUAGCACUCAAGAACAGUAACUACCAAGGGACUCCCCCAAACUUGGAACUGCCUUCUAGGUAUGAGCUUAGCAAGCAAGCAUUUCUUUCCAACAGAAGAAUAUGCAAUGACCUCAUCAUUUACUCUUAAUACUUUGCUUUAAUGCAGAAAAUGGUCAGGAGCUGUAUGAAUGCCCAAUGUGCCACCUUGUUUGUACUGAUUACCCAAUACUGCAGGAACAUGUUGAAUUACACUUGGAGGAAUGCACCUUUUUAGAAGGUAAGGGGAAGAUUCCAAAAUAGGAAAGACAUAUUUUGUGUAUUGACGAAAGAUGUAAUGUUUCAUUCAGGAGAAGCUGGUAUUAUCCAAAUAAUGCAAGGUAACAUGAAAUCAUAUGACUUGGAGCUUCAUAUAUCAUGUUAGCAUAUCGUAAAAAAGUAGAAAACAAUGCAGUGUAACAACAACAACAACAACACUUUCAGAAUUGGUAGCAAUUUUGUUUUGUAUGUCUCUUUCCUCUAAUGCUAGAGACUGUAUCAGUAGAGACACCUAAAUAGCAUAUAUCUGUGCCCUGGGUGGAUAAAAAACAAUUAAAGAAGACAUUUGAGGAGUCGAUUAAAAAACAAAUCACAUAUUUUUGUUUUUUAACAUAGCACGGUUAAAUCUGAAUACAAGCAUAAGCAACUUCUUAAAAGCCGAAUCAGUGGCCUUCAAUCAAAUGUAAUGAGUUAAGGCUGCCUUAAAAGAAAUAACUGUUUUGGGCACAAGUGAGGUACUUAUCAUGGUUUUGGUACUGGGAACCAAGGAUUGGUUAGUCACCACAGGCACAGAGAUCCAGGCCUUGGCUCUACAAUAGUGUUUGUAUUUCAUUGAGAGGACUACCCCCUAAGCCCAUUUUGGUGGACACUGCAACUUGACCAGUUCCCAAAUUAUCAAUAUUUCCUCUCCCUAAGCAAACAAUAACAAUUUAUCUUUCAUCUUAGGAAAAUAAAUUGCUCUACCAAGGAAUUAACUUACUGGUCCUCGCUUCUCAAAAAUGCUGGGUCCUUAGCUAAACAGACAGGUACAAAUGGGCUGCAAUGAGCAAAAUCUCCGGAGCAUUAGCUACUAUGCAUUUGUGGGCUCAGGAUGGGUGUGGAGCAAGGCAUUACAGAUAUGCUGUGUAGAGGAAAUGAAACAGAAAGCAGCAAGGUUAGACAGACAUAUAUUUUGUUCAUUUACAGCUAAAUAGAGCAUCCAUAUUAAUGUGUUUAACCAAUUUGUAUGUAUCAUAUCUGAACUACAAGUGAGAAGCUGGGUUUAAAUCUGUGAUCUAGGUGACUAGGAAUGGUAUUAAAUAAUACAUUCUGCCUAGGAAUGUAGGUAAUUGAAGUUGCAAUUCUGUACACUCUUUGCUAGACGUCAGCCCAAUAUAAGCACAAUGGGACUUAGCUUCUCAGUAAAUGGACAUAGGAAUGUGCUGCAAAUUUAAAACAUACAGGUUAUUGAUAAAAACCUGGAAUUUUCAGAAAUAUUCAACAUCAUCAAAUAUGGCAGGUCUUCUAUGGGAAACGUAAUGUACAGCAUAACCAAUUGUUAUGUGGCUGUACCUUCGAAAUAUUCAUUAGACUUUUAUUUUAUAUAAUAUUGCAUGACAGUGGAAAGAAACUUGACUGACCUAGAAUUGGCACAGCAUCUCCAGAAUGAGGAAGACAGGCAAAGAAGAGCAGCAACAGCAAAACAAGAAAGAGAAGAUUUCCAAAAGCUACAGGUGUGAUAUCAGUGUUCUAGUUGCAAUGUACUUCGGUAUAGCUUGUAAAUAUAUGGAGUGUUUUGUAAAUGUGUGAUACAUUUAAGUGUUUAUUUUGUGCACAAAGAAUUAAUGUUUAUCGUUACGUGUCUCUUGGUAGCAGUUGGUUGAGCAGAGUGCCUAAUGCCUUUUGGUCAGGAUGCAUUUUAUAAGCUAGGUCAGAGGUUCCCAAACUUUAAAAGGAAAACUGUAGAGACAAGUGUGCAGAGACUUCCAGCAUUCAGAGGUUACAAAUAGAAAUGUGAGUAAUUUCUCUUCUGAGAAUUCAUCACAGAGAAUGACUCUGUAGAUAAUUGGCUGUUUCUUAUUAUCAUGGAAUCUCGUGCCUAGAUUUUUCAAGCUGUACUAUCCUAGUUCAGAAGCAGGACAAAUUGUAAUAUUUAUUCUUAUUUCUUUAGAGAAAUACCAUAAAGAGUGCAUAAAGAGUGUGUAUGUAUGUAUACCAUAAAGUGUGUGUGUGUGUGUGUAGAUAUAUAUAAUUUAUUAAGUUUAUUAGUCACUUGCUCUCUAAAAGGUCCCCAAUGACAUUGAAAAAUACAUACAUAAAUACAUCAUACCAUUGAAAAAGGGUAUUCUGGUUAUAGUUACUACAAAGGUUCCGCUUAACUCUUAAAUGGGCAGCUUCGUGUUCUGAAUCAACUUCCAUGGUUCUCUUGCAUUCUCUCCUCUGUGCAAGGUUGAAGCAGGAUUGCAUGCGCUAACAAUUCUUCUUUCUCCAGGAACUGCUAAGACUUCUUAUUGCUUAAAGGCUUAAAAGUAUAAUAUAUCCUUAACAGAGGCAAUACGGCUUGGAUGGCUCCGGAGGAUAUAAGCAGCAGUCACUAAAAAAUAUGGAAAAGGAAGUGGCUUUUGGGAGAAUGACCCCAUCUGACUAUCAUAGGAGAAAAGCUGACAUGAUGGAAUCUCUGGCUUUUGGUAUUGAUGAUGGAAAGACAAAGACUUUGGGUGAGUAAUUAAAAAUGUGUGAGUUUCUUCAAAGGUCUGACUGAGCCAUUGUUCAAUAAGUGUGCUGCAGAUUGCAAAAUAAUUUUUUUCUGCCUGCAGAGAAAUAAGAGUAUGGACCUUUAGACAGGAGCUAAGAAUGGCAAUUCCUACAAUCCAUAUUAAAGAUAAUGGCUCUCAUGUAGAUUUAAAAUCAUGAUUCAAAAAUAGGUUAUAAAUUGUCUAAAUGUUUUAUCUAAAUACCAUGACAAAUUUCAAAGUAGAGAACCGGCAGUCAUCAUGGUUUUUGCCAACCUUCGCAAAUAGUAACAGGAAAUAUACUGCAGUUCUCUGGUGUAUAUAGUAGGCUUGCUAUCUAGCUAAGGGUGAAUGAUUUCAUAAAACUUUCUCAGUAAUUAUGACCAAAUGCUGUCUUGUUUCUGCUUGGUUCGCAGUAUCUUAAUAUAUUACACCUAGUCUCCUGUAAUGAUUUGACACCUUCAUUAAGGAAACAUUCUGCUUAAAUAAAGCUGUACAGUGGUGGUGACUGGCUGUUUGCCUUGUCAGCCCUUCAAACUUGCAACUUCCUUAUCUGACGGCACAGUCGUGAUCACAGGUUUCACAUAUUAUAUCUUUACUCUUGGCUUCAGGCAGUUCUUCCUGCGUGACUACUUUGCCACUCUUGUGGUUUUUGCCAGAUUUUUCACCUUUUAACCAUUGGUUUAGCUUCAAAAUUGAGAUAAUCAUUAAAUUCACUCAUGCUGUGUGUCACUUACUUUGCACUCUUAGUUGCAUGUGCCUUAGUCUCUCUCCAGUCACCAUAAGGCCUUGGACAACUUGCCUAACACAGGAUAGUAAAUCUAUAGCUGAGGAACAGGCUUGGAGCCAUGUCUUCUGUCAGCAUGUUAAACUAUUCACUACUUGUUCCCUGCUCUUUGUACAGUUAUGUAGAAUUCGGCAGUCAUUAUUAUUACUUUUUUCAUACUGGUUGCAUCUUGCAAAUUGUGUGACUGUUGUUGAUGUAUCAUCAGUAAAUAGACUUGCAUAAACUUAAGUCUCUUUCUCUCCCUGUCUCCCCUUUUUAAAAUCAGGAAUUACUGAAGUACUGUGCCAGUACUAUCAGAAUGAAUGUAAAGACAUAAAGCGUGUAUGGCUUUCUACAGGAGUAGAUCACUUCCAUUGUUCUUUAGGAGACAGAGGUUGGGGCUGCGGUUAUAGGAACUUCCAAAUGCUUCUUUCUUCCCUCUUGAGGAACAGUACCUAUGAAGAGUGCUUGAAAGGUGGGUAUUUUUGCAUGGAAUUGUGCUGCCAGUGGCACAUUUGCCAGCCUGAGUGCUUGCUAAAAAUGUGUUCCUAUGCUGACGUAUAUUACAAUAUCUGCAUCAUAUAGGUUAAAAAUUGGUGGAUACAAGAACAGUUUUUUCAAUUUUAUAGCUUGAAAAUGAGCCUGCAGAAUAUGAACCUUUCCCUGUCCAGAUCAUAACUUCCUUAGGGCUUUUGUUGUUUAGUCGUGUCCGACUCUUCGUGACCCCAUGGACCAGAGCACGCCAGGCACUCCUGUCUUCCACCGCCUCCUGCAGUUUGGUCAGGCUCAUGUUUGUAGCUUCGAGAACACUGUCCAACUAUCUCGUCCUCUGUCGUCCCCUUCUCCUUGUGCCCUCCAUCUUUCCCAACAUCAGGGUCUUUUCCAGGGAGUCUUCUCUUCUCAUGAGGUGGCCAAAGUAUUGGAGCCUCAACUUCACGAUCUGUCCUUCCAGUGAGCAUUCAGGGCUGAUUUCCUUAAGAAUGGAUAGGUUUGAUCUUCUUGCAGUCCAUGGAACCCUCAAGAGUCUCCUCCAGCACCAUAAUUCAAAAGCAUCAAUUCUUCAGCAAUCAGCCUUCUUGAUGGUCCAGCUCUCACUUCCAUACAUCACGACUGGGAAAACCAUGGCUUUAACUAUACGUCCUUAGGCCUUACUCGGGCUCAAGUCUAGGGGAAGUCCUUCCCACUGAUAUCAUUUUUUGCUGGAAAGCUUUUAUGUCACACAAGAGGAAGUAAUUCCCCAACAGUAAAGGCUGUCCCAUUUCAGGACACUUAGAAAUCUAUUGUAGAAUCAUAGAAUCAUAGAAUCAUAGAGUUGGAAGAGACCACAAGGGCCAUCGAGUCCAACCCCCUGCCAAGCAGGAAACACCAUCAGAGCACUUGACAUGGUUGUCAAGAUUUCUGCUUAAAGACUUCAAAGAAGGAGGAUCACCACACCCUUAUAGUACUCCGACUGUGAAUUUUUACUGUCAGGAAGUGUUCUAAUGUUUAGGUGGAAUCUCUUCUUGUAGUUUGGAUCCAUUUGCCCGUGUCCGCUUCUCUGAGCAGCAGAAAACAACCUUUCUCCUCCUGUGACAUCCUUUUGUUAUAUUUUGAACAUGGCGAAUAUAUCACCCCCUAACCUCCUCUUCUCCAGCAACAUGCCUAGCCCUCUAGCCGUCUCCUCAUAAGGCAUCGUUUCCAGGCCUGACCAUUUGGUUGCCCUCCUGACACAUUCCAGUUUGUCAAUGUCCUUCUUGGAACUGUGUGCCCAGAACUGGACAGUACUCCAGGUGAGGUCUGACCAGAGGAAUACAGGCACUAUUACUUCCCUUUGAUCUAGAUGCUAUAAUUUGGCUGAUGCAGCCCAGAAUUGCAUUUGCUUUAGCUGCCGUCACACUGUUGGCUCACACAAGUUUGUAUCAACCAAGCACCUCGGAUCCCCUACAUGCACGCUCUCGCCAGUGUCCCCAUCUUGUAUUUGUGCUCUCUCAUUUUUUGCCCAAGUGCACAUUUUUACAUUUCUCCCUGUUAAAAUUCAUCUGUUUGUUUUGUUCAGUUCUCUAACUGGGUCAAGGUCGUUUUGAAGUGUGAUCCUGUCCUCUGGGGUAAGCAGCUCCCUCCAAUUUGUGUCAUCUGCAAAUUUGAUCAGGAUGCCCUUGAGUCCAUCAUCCAAGUCAUUGAUAAAGAUGUUGACUAAGACCGGGCCCAAGACAGAACCCUGUGGCACCCCACUAGUCACUCUUCUUUAUUGUAACUUUGGUUUUGCCUUUUCAUAGCUGCAACUUGAAUGUUGUCCCGUUGUUGUUUUAGAUAAUUCAUCAAUUCCAUGCAUUCCAAAAAUUCAGUCAUUGAUUGAAGAUGCUUGGAAAGAAGGCUUUGACCCACAAGGAGCUUCUCACUUCAACAGCAGAUUACAUGGAACUAAGGCAUGGAUAGGAGCAUGUGAAAUUUAUUCACUUUUAACUUCUCUCAGGAUAAAGUAAGUGCUGCCUAUUAAAGGAAGUAAAAAGGUUUUAGUUCUAAGCACAUGACACCAAUUAUGAGAGUGAUUUUAUGUGAAUAUCACAGAAAUUCAAGUUCGAACUGGUCCUAUGUAGAGAUGGCAUUUCCAGGAGAAUAAGAACAUGAAAUACUUAAGGGGAAAAUUGUGUUUGCAAUUGGUCAAUCAGUUGCUUAGGAACUUCCUUCUUGCAUCUUUCCUUGCAACUCUCUUUUUAAAAGAAGAUUGCUACUUCCAAAGUUAUUUCCAUGUAUAAAUGGUGCAAAGUUAUUGCUUGCUACAGCAUGCUUUCAUUUCAAUGGUUUAAGUUUCAUACAAAGAAAAAGUAUAAGUUGUAUAUUUAUUUAUAAAACAUAUAUAUCCCGUUCAUUAGUGUUUCAAAUCAGGGCAAGUAACAAUUAGGUAGUGAUUAACAUUGCAGGAAGGGUUUUUUUUUAAAGUAUCAAGUAAAAGAUCAUUCUCACACUAGGGGGAGCUGUGUACUUGAAGUAAUAUGUGCUACUACAAACUCACAAAUGUGACCAUUGUUCUUACAGCCGAGGCAAAAAAAAUAUAACAGUGGUAGAACUUGGUGACUAAUGCACUAAACAAAAGAUGCUAUCUGACAUUGUAACAGUUUAUAAAGGCUUCAUUUAAACUGCCUUAUAGGUGUCAGGUCAUUGAUUUUCACCAGCCAACAGGCCCUGCAGGAACACAUCCUCGUUUGUUGGAAUGGGUUUUCAACUAUUACUCGGCAGACAAGGAAAACAGUUCAAAGGUUGUGUGUACUCCCAAGCCACCAAUCUACCUUCAGCACCAAGGUCAGCAAAACUUUCCACUUCUCUCUUUUCUAAACGUUAAGCUGUGUUACUCAUGCGUUACUGAUGUCCCCAUGUCCAGUUUUUGUUUUAUGAAUUAUGCUUCCUGGAAGAGCAGUGGAAUGUCUUCUUAACUGUAAUUCUCAAAUAUAAUUGUAUUAUUUAUUUCAUAAAAUUUAUACACUUCUCAGUUCUAAAAACAAAAACAAAAAAACCUCCUCAAAGUAGUUUACAAAAAAGAUUGUAAUUGUAGACCACAAGCUUAACAUGAGUCAACAGUGUGAUGUAGCAGGGGUGGAAAAAAAGCAAAUGCUAUUCUAUGCUGUAUCAACAGAAUUGUAGUGUCCCAGUCAAGGGAAGUCAUAGUAGUUCUCUAUUCUGCCUUGAUCAGACCACACCUGGAAUACUGUGAUCAGUUCUGGAUACCACAAUUUAAGGAGGAUAUUUACAAGCUGGAACGUUUGCAGAGGGUGCCCAAGAUGACCAGGAGUCUAGAAACUAAGCCUUACGAGGAACGGUUGAGGGAGUUAUGUUUAGCCCAGUUAAGGGGAGACUGAAAGGAGAUGUGAUAGCCAUCUUCAAAUAUUUAAAGGGCUGCCACAUGUGGAGGAUGGAACGAGUUUGUUUUCUCCUGCUCUGGAGACUAUAGCCCAUAGGUAGGCAAACUAAGGCCCGGGGGCCGGAUCCGACCCAAUCGCCUCCUAAAUCCGGCCCACGAAUCAGCAUGUUUUUACAUGAGUAGAAUGUGUCCUUUUAUUUAAAAUGCAUCUCUGGGUUAUUUGUGGGGCAAAGGAAUUUGUUCACCCCCCAAAAAAAAAAUAGUCUGGCCCCCCACAAGGUCUGAGGGACAGUGAAAAAGUUUGCUGACCCCUGCUAGCCUAUACCAAUGGAUUCAAAUUACAAGAAAGGAGAUUCCAACUAAACACAAGAAAGAACUUUCUGAUAGUAAAAGCUCCUACGAGAGGUGGUGGACUCUCCUUACUUGGAGAUUUUAGGCAGAGGUUGGAUGGCCAUUUGUCAUGUAUGUUGUAGUUGAGAUUCCUGCAUUGCAGGGGGUUAGACUAGUGGGUUUUGUUUUGUUUUAUUUGGUAUAUUAACGGAUUUGAGGGGAUGGUUUGUGUUAUGAGCUGCUUUGAAAGUCAGAGAGAAAACGGUAGAUUUUAAAAAUAAAACUUACCUGAAAAAACAUUUAUACAAGUAAUUUGUUUUUAUAACAAUUACAAUUAUCUAUGUAAGCAUUAAGUUAUAUAUUGCAAUUCUGUACAGCAGUUUGGGGUUUUGCUUAAGGGGUUCGUAGACCGUGUGUUAGCAGAAAUGUAUACUUGAUGGGUGUGCUUUGGCGUGUUUUUUUUUUAAAAAAAAAAUAAUAGGUCAUAGUCGUACUAUUAUUGGAAUAGAAGAAAGGAAGAACAAAACUGUGUGCCUACUGAUGUUCGAUCCAGGUUGCCCCUCACAAGAGAUGCAAAAACUCUUAAAAGGCAUAGAUGGGAACAGUCUCAGACUGCUUCGAAGAUUUGUGGGCAGCUUAAAACAUAAACAGUAUCAGCUCGUGGCCAUAGACGGUGUACUGUCAGCGGAGGAAAAAGUUGUGAGUAUUACAGAUAAGAGCCCAUCUGAUUUAAUAUCUUGGUGACCUGCUGUGGUGUAAGUAAAAGUGGCGACGCUAACUCUUGUUUGUCUCCAACUUAAGACUCGUAGGCAGGCUUCUCAGCACUUCGUGGCUCAGCGGAUUUCUUGAAAUUAGGAAUCCUGAAGAAUAUCAAGCAAGCUGCAGGAGAGAUUCUGGUGCAUUCACACAGGUUCUUGAAUGAUGUACAUAAACUUUUUAAGGACUUAAAAAUAAACGUUGGGGGGAAAAUGACUUGUUGG